GUUUGGACAUGCCACAGUCAGAGUACAAGUUCGGAAUAUGAACUUACAGAUCUAGUUGCAACCUCGCUGUGUGUCCAUUCUUACACAAUACAUGACAGAAGACUGCACAAUAAUAUGGCGUUUGGAGCAGACAGAUUCAUUCCCUUCCGACCCCGGCUCGACCUUGACUUUGCCCACGGGUUCUGCACCAGGUCCCUGGGGGGACACGGCCGCGCCUCGGACACCGUCAGUGACCAGUCGGACCACGACGGAGAGGAAGAGGGGUCAGUGGCGGGUCCAGCAGCCAGCAGUCUACGUGGCCAGACGGAAGACUGGAAGCAGUACCGGCGACAGCUAGACCAGGCGUUUGGACACAGCCCGGGGGCUCCUGUGUUGCCACUCUCUCCUACCUGGCGUGACCACAACUGGCAGGGCGCGGACUUCUCAUUCUCAAAGGUCACUAGGAGGUCAGACCAGUCUGGACCCUGUUUGUAUAACUCAGGGGUGACUUCCUGUAGGCAAGUACCACGUGACCCUGACAGAGUUCUCGCCCUUCCCGGUAUACAAGACAACUUUUACUGCAAAGGACUGGACUGGGGUUCCCACAACAGUAUAGCGGCGGCCCUGGGCAGUAGCACGUGCGUGUGGUCACCUCACACCCGACUCACGGCCCGACUGGACGCCCGGGACGACCACCACGGCCGCCAAGACAGCAGUCACGUGACAGGAACAGGGUCGGCAGCAGCAGACGAUAGAAGCCCGCGCUACGUGGCUAGUGUGAAGUGGAGUGAGGCUGGGGGUAGUUUGGCCGUUGGACUGUCUCAGGGAAUGAUCCAGCUGUGGGACCCCGGGUCUCAGAAGAUCAAAGCCACAGUGUCGGUGGGCGGGACCCACGUGGGCUGUCUGUGCUGGAGCGGUCACGUGGUGUACUGUGGCGCGCGCCGAGGCUACAUCACGACGGUGGACGAGAGGGUGAAGAGGGCGAUGGCCGUGUGGAGGCCCAGGGACAGGUUUGAGCGCUGAGCUGGUGUCCGUGGAGGCGUGACCUGCUGGCCAGUGGGGGCGGGGCGCGGGACAGACGAUUGGUCCUGUGGCACAUGGGGCGGGGCCAGGCGGAGGUGGAGAUCAACACUGAGACACAGAUCUGUGAUAUCGUCUGGUCCGAGCAGUACCGUGAACUUGUGUCCAGCCACGGCUACCCUAAUAAUGAUCUACGCCUCUGGUCGGUCCGCCCCGGGGCUCUGCAGCUGAUGACGUCACUCCGCCACCACAAGGGGCGACCACUCCACCUCGCCAUGAGCCCCGAUCGCAGCAGAGUUGCGGCCGCUGCGACAGACGAGACGCUGAGUCUUUGGACUCUCUUCCCCAACCGGCGGACGCAGGAGUUGAGGAAAUGGAGGAGCCCUUUGGAUCUUGUCACAUCCAUACGAUGACUUGUUGUUGUAUACAGGAUGCAUCUCCUAGUCUGACCCCAAUCAAAGACCGUAAAUAAUCAAAUACAGUUUACUAAGAAACAUGUUAUUUCUGGAACUGUACACAGGAAGAGAAAAAAAAAGUCAUCUGAUAAAUGUAGAAAUUUCCCAAACUUUACUUCAUGGGCUCAUAAAAAAGUCAUAAAAAUUUCCCUCACUGUAUUUUAUUUUUGCAUUGUGUAACUUUCUUACAAACGAGUAGCCAAAAUCUUGAACGACAAAAAAAUGAUCUAGUCUUUUUUUUUUGGGUGCACAUGUAAUCACCUGUGUUGCUUUCUGCCACUGCCCUACCUAACUUGUGUCAACUCGGUGAGACAACUGUGCCUAUUAUUAAUAAAAUUAUAUAUAGGUAAAUAAUUCCAUUUUCUUUGCCUGAAUAAAGCAGACGAACCAUUGUUACAUACAUUUGGCAAUAAAUAAGUCCCAUGUUGGGAGGCCGAAUCACACAAUGAAGUAAAGCAAAUACUACUGCUUUAUGGUACUACUACUGCGUAUAGUUCAUUGGUGCUAAUGGAAAGUAUCUGGCUUUCCACUUUAACUUAAACAUAGUACAGCCAAGACCAUUGUGCACUCUAUGAACAGGAACCAAAAACAGAUUGUACACCCAUACAUUUACAUAUAUUAUUAUCUCUUUGUAUGUUGUACAGCCACAUUAAUGUACCUCUCACUGCCAAUACAUUUAAUGGAUCCAUUUACAAAUUGCUAUAAAUUAAACAAGAACUACGAGAUUUGUGGAACUUUGAUGUGACAUUUGUGUUGUGAAUUAUCAUUUAUUAUUACCAAGCCCCACAUUAGCCUUAGGGCAUUCAACAUUUGAGUCAUUCAAAGAUUUGAACUAUGAGUACUAUGACAUGCAACACAUUAAAAUAUGUGUCCAAAACAAAA